AUUAUGCCGAGGUCAAACCCAAAUCGUUUAUCUCGUUUUCUUGAAUAUCAAACACAGCUGAACUUGACUACAACUUAAUGAUUAGUGAAGAAAUUUGCAACGUGUAUUUAAUUGAAUGCACUUCGUAACUAUGACAUGAAGAUGAAGACAAGGUCUCUGAUUGGAGUGAUGACCAAGAGGGGUGUGAAAUUGAAUCCCCACCUGACUGGAGCAUGGGGAAGGGGAAUGGGUCAGCAGAGUAUGAACAGCUGGUCAGCUGAUGGUCAAUUCAAUCUGGGCCUCAAUAUGGAACAAAGUGUGAAGAAGGGACGACCCAUACCUAAUAUCACAGAGGACUUGGCCUACUGGCACAGUGUGCUGGGCAGAAGACUGGUCAACGAGGACAGAAUAAGUGUGAACAAACUGGGCCAGAACUGUCUCUGUUUCGCCAUCUUCGACGGACACGGGUCAGCAGAUGCGGCCGAUUUUGCCCUGGACAAGAUUCCUACUCAUUUGCACUCUUGGCUCAAGUACAGUCACAAUAUACAAGUGUGUCUCAAACAGACAUUCGUAGAUGUGAACAAUCUCUUCAGUCGCUCUCUCUACUCAGCAUUACUUGACGGCAAUUACGAAUUGUUUGAAAGAUUAUUGCGAAGUGGUACAACUGCAGUAGUGGCUGUGUUGCGCAACAGCCAGGAGUUGGUUGUCGGCUCAGUGGGGGACUCCUCAGCCGUGUUGUGCAGAGGGGGAGUUGCCUAUCCUCUCAACGCCCAUCUCCCCUCCGACCAGGCAGAGCAGGAUCGAAUCCAGGCGAGGGGAGGAUUCAUUGCAUCAAACAGUAUAGGUCAGCUUCUCGUGAAUGCCCGACUGUCAAUGACGCGUAGUCUGGGUGACUUGCAACUACAUAUCAAUGGAGUUACCUCAACGCCCUCCACCAAAUCUAUACAAAUUAAACACCACAAAGACCAGUUCCUGUUGUUAGUGACAGAUGGUGUCUCCCAGGUGCUGUCAGAACAGGAGAUGGCCAACAUUGUGAUGAGUUGUGCGCAUCCUCAAGACUCUUGUCGACUCCUAACAGACAUUGCACUGCAGUACGGGUCAGAUGAUAAUUCCACGGCUUUGGUGGUCCCAUUGGGUGCGUGGGGCAAAACAGACACAGAGAAAAACCUGAACAAACUGGCCCACUCCAAGACUCACUGGGCAAAUGUGGGCAGCUUCAUGAACAGACGCGACUGAUUCAAUAGACUGAUUGGAACUCUUUUUGACACAUUUUUAAUUCUUGGUUUGUUUUAGUUUUAAAUAAUAUUAUAUAUCUUUUGUUCAUUGCUAGAAUUGAG